AUGACCAUCCCGCGCUCGCAAAUGAGCCACGAAGAGCGCACCGCGAGCGAGCCUCGUGACAGUGGCUUCCAUCAGGUCAUUCUAAGCCAUAUCGAGCCUAUCAACGAGAGCAUCCGCCUUCUGCGCUUAAAUGUCUUCGACAGGCAGCGUGGCGUCAAGUUCCUCCCAGGACAAUGGCUAGACGUCCACAUCCCCGGUCUGCCAAAAGCAGGUGGUUUCACCAUCACUUCUACGCCUGCAGAGGCUGCGCCGCCUCGCACUACUACUGCGUCUGCGGAUGCGCCGCACUUGGAACUCGCGGUGCAGAAGACGGCAAACCCUCCGGCGAAGUGGCUAUGGCGGCCCGCUGAAGAGAUCCUCGGUGCGCGGCUCGUCGUUCGGGUUGGGGGAAGCUUCGUCUGGCCGCCUCCGGGUAUAGAUGUUAGAGGUAUCAAUAAGGUAGUCUUUGUGGCCGGAGGCGUGGGGAUCAAUCCCUUAAUCUCCAUCCUAGCGCAUCUGCGACGAACAGGCGAAAUGCCAGGGGAGGUCCACUUCUUGUACACGACGAAGCCCCCUCCAGCGGCCAAUUCGAAACUCAAGGCAAAGGAGAUCCUCUUCCUCGACCGCCUGAUGGGCCUCGCGGCUAGUUCUUCAACAGCAAAGUCGAACAUCCAUCUGCAGCUCUACCUCACAGACAAUAGCGGCACCAAAGCAGAGCUUGAAGUGCCCAGCUUCCCCGGGGUCAUCCACCACAGGCGGAUUGCACGAGCAGACUUAGCCGCUGCGGCCGGGUCUCCGAGCGAAGCAGAGCGCACGGUUAUGUAUGUAUGCGGGCCGGCGCGCAUGACGGACGAGUUUGUGGAGUUUUUGAGGGGAGUAGAGGGGAUGGAUGAGCGGAGGGUGCUUUGUGAGAAGUGGUGGUAG